UUUUUUAUAGAAGUAAUUUCCAAAUCUGUUUAACUUUCUUGCACCAUUUGAUAUGAAAUGUUGAGAACCCAGAGCUAAACUUCAAAUUGCUGAAUACUUAUGUCCUUGCAAAAUGCACAUAAAGACUGUCCGUGCAUUCUGGGAGCUGAGGUUUUGCAAUAGCUGGUAGAAAACACAUUGGUUGGGAAACACUGGUCUAUACAUUCACUAGCUGUUUACGUGACAAGCUUCAGACAUGCCCUAUCCUCAGAAGACUCCUGGAGAUGUGCCAGGACCUCACCCGUGACCACUGUUCCCCGACCCUCCUCCAUACAAGACGUGCUGCUAGAAGCCUGCUGACAGGACCGGUGUGAGGUGAAAAAUCAGGUAUUCCCGCCGCUUUCCGCUCGCCGUGCGAAGCCGCGUCUCCAGGAAGUGUGACCCGCGCGGCAAAUUAACUCUUUCGCGCCCUUGCAGACAACACAAGCCUUCUGUACCGCUCUCCGUACCGCGGGUCCGGUAAUGAAGAGGUUAAAAGAAAAGUGACGACGUCACGACACCGGAGCACGCCGGGAGCUGUAGUCCUUACCCCGUGGUUGCGGCAGAAUGUGAAUAAGAAGCUGUUACAUACAGGUGGCUGGUAUUAUGCUGUUGUUCACAUUUGACUAGAAGUGAAUUAAAAUUUGUGUAUUAUUCAGGAAUACUAAAACAUAAAAAAAAAAAAAGUGAAAAUGGACGAAAGAGCCCGAAGCUUACUUCUUCAGAAUCGAGCAUUGCUAGCAAAAGAUAUCCGAUCUGCCUAUAUAAUGGACCAUAUGAUCAGUGAUGAGAUCAUUACUAAAGAGGAGGAGGAAAUGGUUAAAAAUAAGGCUACUCAACUUGACCGAGCAAAUGAACUCCUCAAGAUUAUUCUCAGCAAAGACAACAGAGCCUUUGUUUCCUUUUACAAUGCUCUGAAACAUGAAGGGUACAAAGACUUGGCUGCUCUUUUAAAAGGGGCAUCCUCCAUUGACAUAUUUGGAAGUGGCAAAGUUUCAUCAAACGGUAUUACAUCAUAUGUAAAAACAGCCCUGUGUGAAGGUGGAGUGCCACAGAGACCAGUGGUGUUUGUAUCUCGAAAAAAGCUGGUAAAGGACAUCCAGGACAACUUGCACCGACUUAUGAAUGAUUCUGGUUGGGUAAUAGUGUAUGGAAUGGCAGGCUGUGGCAAGUCAGUAUUAGCCGCUGAAGCACUCAGGGACCACAAUAUUCUAAAAGACUGUUUCCCCGGGGGAGUUCACUGGCUUUCUGUUGGAAAACAGGACAAAGCAGGUUUGCUGAUGAAGCUGCAGAAUCUGUGUAUUCGCCUGGAUCAAGACUGCAAGUAUUCACAGAGGCCUCCUCUGAAUAUUGAGGAGGCAAGAGACAGACUUCGCAGGCUUAUUAUGCAAUCAUAUCCCAGGUCUCUGCUAAUUUUGGAUGACGUUUGGGAUUCCUGGGUGCUAAAGGCAUUUGACAUCCAGUGCCGUGUUCUCGUAACAAGCAGAGACAGAAGUGUCAUUGACACGGUUGCGGGGAUGAAACUUUUUGUCCAUGUGGACAGUGAACUAGAACACCAGAAGGGACUAGAAAUUCUUUCUCUUUAUGUUGACAAGAAAGUGGAAGAGCUACCAAAAGAAGCACAUCACAUCAUACAAGAGUCUAAAGGCUCACCUCUUGUAAUGUCAUUGAUUGGAGCUCUGUUGCGAGAAUUUCCCAGCCGCUGGACUUUCUACCUCAAACAGCUACGGGGGAAGCAAUUCAAAAGAAUAAGAAAAUCCUCAUCAUAUGAUUAUGAAGCGCUGGAUGAAGCCAUGUCUAUGAGUGUGGAUAGGCUUGAAGAUGAUGUCAAAGAAUACUACAACGAUUUCUCUGUUAUAGAAAAGGAUGUGAAAGUACCAACUCAGGUUCUGUGUAUCCUGUGGGACAUGGAGAGUGAGGACGUGGAGGACAUGCUUCAGGAAUUUGUUAACAAGUCACUGUUGUACUGUGAUCGCAAUGGGAAGUCAUUUCAGUAUUAUUUGCAUGAUCUCCAACUGGAUUUUCUCACGGAGCGGAAUCGGGCUCAGCUACCUGCUCUUCACGCUAAACUUGUCAGUAAAUUCCACAAGCACUAUUCAGGUGUUCUACCUACAGAGGACCAAGAAGAUUAUGCAUACUGGUACCAUUAUCUAGCAUACCAUAUGGCACAGGCCAACAUGCACCAAGAACUUUGCUCCCUCUUAUUCUCACUUGAUUGGAUAAAAUCCAAAACGAGAUUAUUUGGGCCUGCGCAUCUCAUUCAUGAGCUUGUGCAUUACCAGACCAUACUCAAUACACAGGACAGCAAAGCACGUGAAGAUUUUCAGGAGUUUUUGUCUGUAAAUGGCCAUUUGCUAGGACAGAAUUCCCAUAUCAACAUGGUCCAGUUGGGACUUUCUCAGCCAAAUGAAUCUGCAGUGUAUAAAUAUGCUAUUCAACAUGCCAAAGAGGAACUUCAGCAAGGGGCGUUGUAUGUCAACUGGAUAAACAAGCAAAGCAUAAAGAACCUGCCAAGUCUAGCUGUGCGUCCUCACACAGAGACAGUAUACCAUGCCUGCUUCUCUCAUGAUGGACAGAGAAUUGCUUCCUGCGGAGCUGAUAAAUCCGUACGGAUCUUUAAAAGUGGAACUGGGGAAAACCUGCUUCAAAUAGAAGCUCAUGAUGAUGAAGUGCUGUGCUGUGCCUUCUCUACUGAUGACAGAUAUAUAGCAACCUGUUCAGCUGAUAAAAAAGUGAAGAUUUGGAACGUGGUAACAGGAGCGCUGAUCCGGGAAUAUGAUGAGCAUUCAGAGACUGUCACCUGCUGCCAGUUCACCAAUGGAAGCUCUCCUUCUCUUCUUGCUACAUGUUCCCAUGACUGCUUGCUCAAACUUUGGGACAUUGAUAUGAAGUACUGUAAAAACACACUUUUUGGCCAUGGAGACUACGUCAACCAUUGCAGGUUUUCACCAGAUGACAAGUAUUUGGCCAGCUGUUCUAUGGAUGGCACAUUAAUGCUCUGGGAUGUGUCAUCUGCUAAUGAAUACAAGACCAUUGAUGUUGCAGACUCUUUUCAAAAAAACGAUGAGUCCCAGUUUCUGCUGAAAUGCUGUUCUUGGUCAAAUGACUGCUCCAGGAUUAUGGUGACUGCACAGAAUCACCUAUAUAUUUUUGAUGUGGAAAGCAGUGAUCUUGUGUUUGAGCUUGAAGCAUUGCAGAACAGCAUUAUACUGUAUUGUGACUUCUGUACAACAAAUCAGAUUGUAGCAAUGGCACUGUCACAUUAUGUUGUCCAGCUGUGGGAUAUAGACUCUAAUACAAAAAUAGCUGACUUCAAUGCACAUUUAAGUUGGGUCCACUGUGUCAAAUUCUCUCCAGAAGGGUCUUCAUUCUUGACGUCCUCAGAUGACCAGACAGUUAAGAUUUGGGAAACAAGCAAAGUGUGCAAGCCCUCAGGCACAAUCCUAAAGCGUGAAUUUGAUGUGGUGUUCAGUGGAGGUAAAGUGACUGUUCUGGCACCUGAUAAGGAUGAUCGGUUACUGUUAAUUAAUGGAAAGACUGGAGAUAUUGUAUGUGAGAGCAGCAGACAAAACUUUCCAUUAACAUGCUGUUGCCUUCAUCCUGAUCAACAAUUAGCAGCUGUUGGUGGGGAAGAUGGAAGUGUCCAGGUUUUUGAUUUAGCCACUGGCAAGUUUCUGAAGCACUUGAAGGGUCACAGUAAAACUGUCCAGAAUUGCCAGUUCACCCUUGAUGGGAAAUGGCUUGUAUCAAGCUCUGAUGACUCGACAAUCCGGGUCUGGGACUGGACAUCUGGAAGUAGUUUUUCACUACAAGGGCACAAAGAAGCCGUGAGGUGCUUCAGAAUUCUUAAGAAUGAAAAACUUUUGUCUUGGUCAUUUGAUGGGACUGUGAUGGUAUGGGACCUUCAGAAAGAAUGCAAAGACGACGAAUUUCAGUGUCACAGUGGUGCUGUUCUGUCUUGUGAUGUUUCAUCUGACUCGCUGAAAAUUUCAUCUACUUCAGCUGAUAAGAGCGCCAAGAUCUGGAGUUUUGCUGGAUUAUCUCUUCUACACGAGUUGCGAGGUCAUCAGAGUUGUGUGCGAUGCUGCAACUUUUCGUCUGAUAAUCAGUAUUUGGCAACUGGUGAUGACAAUGGUGAAGUAAUGAUCUGGAGUGUGCAGAGUGGAGAACUUCUCAGACAAUGCCACGAGGCGUCUGUGAAUAAAAUCGAUGGCUGGGUGACAGAUAUUCACUUUGCACCAGACAGUAAACUAUUAGUAACCUCUGGAGCCCAUGUGAAAUGGUGGGAUGUGGACACUGGGACCUGCAAACAGACUUUCUAUACAAAUGGCACAAACUUGAAGUCAAUACAUCCGUGUUCUUCUUUUAGAACUUUUGUAACCAUUGACAAUCUUGGAAUUCUGUAUGUGCUUCAGCUGGUAGAGUGACAAUGACACUGCAUGCGUUAAAUAUGCUGUUCCAUUAGGUUCUUUUGAUAAUCUACCUUGUAGAACAGGAUGCAAACUGCGAGCAAACCAACAGGGAUCUUGUACACAUCUCAGCUUAGCACUGCUCUCAAAUACGACAUGCUGUGUUUUUUUAAUUGCCACUUGGCGGUAGGCGGGGCAGAAUAACGCUGAAUUGAAUGCCUUUAAUCACACUUUUCCUACUGCUGUCAUUACUCUACUGUACUGUAAGUAUUUACUGUGCCACAGCGAACCUUAUAGCGUGCAGACCUAUGGAAGUAGCCAUUGCACUGUUUACUGCUUUAUUCCUUGUCUUCAUUGCAUGUGAAUAUUUUGUAUAUACAUUUAUUACAUAAACUGUGAAUUCAGUUCUGGGGACGAGAGACUUUUCACUUGAUAAAUAGAUGGCAGCAAUAUAUAAUUUUGCCUUUUUUUUGCACUAAAUUAUAAGUUUGAAAAUAACUCCAAAAACCAUUCCAGUGAUUGUAGCUUUUAUCAGGAACAAGGGGAGGUAUUCAGUAUAUACAAUGUGCAGCAGACACCUCAGCCUAACUCUGCGGUAGCACUUUACAUAUUGAUACCGGAGAAGCACUUCCAAAACAGCUCUUUUUUAGCCCCAAAUCUACUGACUUUGAUUUAUAGCUUGGUGAGUAGGAGGAUGGGGAUAGCAGCAGUCAAUAUUUCUCCAUUCUACAUGCCUAUACUAGAGUUAUGCCUAGGAUCACACAACAGUGAGCUGACUGUACAGACUACAAAACUCCAUAUUGCGCAGCUUGUUUUUUUAUUUUUUUUCUAGUUGUACAUGAUUUAUUAUUUGUUUUAGACACUUCUGAAAAGUGUAUAAACAAGGGAAUGGUUUAAAAUAUGAUAAAUUGUGGCAUAAUUUUGAUGCAAAAUGUUGAUCUUAAAGGGGUACUCCGCUGGAAAACAUUUUUUUUUUUUAAAGCAACUGAU